AUGCCUGAAGAGCAAAAGGCGCAGGUGGCUACUUCCGCCCGUGACAGCAGUGCCGCUAUGCGUGUACAACUUUUUGUUUGUUUGCUCCUUUUCUUCUUUUGUUUUUAUUUUCUGCCGCUUCUGCGCGCGUCGUUUGGUCGCUGCCCGCCUGCCGUGCAGACGUGUCCCGAGUGUGUUAUGCCGUCGAUCCCCAGAGAGGAGAAGCCGUUGGCUGCGGGGGCGGUGAAGCGGACACGGAGUCUGUCCCCACCCGCCACACCGCCGAAGAAACCCACCCGGCGCUUCACCCGCAGCCGGACGCCGACGCCGUCGUUGCCCGCCGAUGACGCCGCCCUUGCUACAGCCUCGCCGGCGGAGGGCGACAACGCGAAGAGGACGGAGCAAAGCAUUUGGAGCCAAGUGGAGCCGUUCAAGCGCCGGACGGUGCCGCAGGACUUCGACGGCACACAGAUGCUGAAGUUCAUCACGUGGAACGUUGCCGGCCUGCGCGGGCUGCUUCGGAAGGAUGGCCAGGCCAUUCAGCGUCUGCUCGAGGAGGAGCAACCUGACGCGUUGUGCCUGCAGGAGACGAAGCUGAAUCCGGAGGACCCACAGAACGCGAAGCUGGGCGAGGCGCCAGGGUACCGCUUCGUCGACCACGCCUGCCGCGCAAAGAAGGGGUACUCUGGCACGCGCACGUACAUCAAGGCCACGGCGGACGCGGCCUGGAGGGCGGUUAGUGUGAAGGGGUUUGCUACCCUGAGCACCCCGCGGAAUGUCGGUCAGAGUGACGGUGACGAUGAGGGGCGUGUGAUUACCACGUACUUUGGUACACAAGGCAAGGGCAACGACGCCUUUGCGCUGGCGCUAGUAAACACAUACAUCCCCAACAGUGGUAUGGCGCUGGAGCGCCUCACGUACCGUUGUCAGACGUUUGAUGUGAAGAUCCGGCAGCACCUGUGCGCCUUGGGGCGUUCCUGCAAAGCCGCCACGCGGGCGGACGGCACAGCGCCACUCGCAGGGUUCAUUUGGACAGGCGACCUGAACGUCGCCGAGCGUGACUACGACCGCUACUUCGCUGGCACCUUCAAGGCGAUGCAGAAGUGCAGUGGUUUCACGCCCGAGGAGCGGGCCUCGUUCCGGCAGACGCUGCGUGUGACGAAUGCGGUGGACACCUUCCGUGAGCUCUACCCACGGGCGGCACCUGUUUUCACCUUCUGGUCCGCGCGCAUCAACGGCCGGGCCCGGGGCCUUGGAUGGCGCCUGGACUACUUCGUUGUCUCCGCCGCGCUGGCCCACCGUGUCGUGGACUGCUUCACGAUGCCGCACGUGAUGGGGAGCGACCACUGCCCGGUGCAGAUGUGGCUGCGGAGGUGA